CUCAAGUAGCAAGGACUACAGGGCCCUCGGUCGUGAUCAAACGAGAGCUGAGACAUCAACCUUGCGGUCUUCAGACUCCUCGCAGAGAGCAGAGUGCUCAGACCUAACGCAACUACUCGUCGCAGCCGCAGGGAGACUCGACACCGUCCAAACGCCAAGACAGGUCAGUUGGAAACUUCAGCGCGUGGGCAGCUCUGGCUCCAGAGAAGUGGAGGGACCAGGCUGGGAAAGAAGGACCGUCACAGUAAGGGGUUAAGCUGGCAAGAAGAUCGCUUUGCGCGUGCGCCCCGGAAAGGCCCGGGGCUGCUAGAGCCAGCGCAUGCGCCUUAGGAAUGCAGCGUUUCGCCGCUCUUCAGCUCUACGGCACUUCUACGCAGCUGGUGUUAUGGGCGUCUUUUUGCGCAUGCGUGGAGAUCUGUUCCGCGGCAUCCUGCUUUGGGCUUGUCGAGCUUGUACAACUCCAGCGGUUUUAUGCCAUUUCAAUAUUUUGACCUCGAGUGCUGGCACUUGUCCAAACAAGCCAGCAGUGGGCCAGAUGGGUGAAGCCACCCACUGUCCUAGAGAACCCCUGGCAGGAGCAGGUAUGCUCUGGGAGGCCCUCAGGGCACUCCUGCCAAACACCAAAGAAGAACUGAAGCUGGACCUGAGUGAGAAAGUGGAGAGGAGUGUAGUGAUGUUGCUGCAGGAAGCCACCGAGCUCUUCUACGAGGGCAGAGGAGAUGAGUGUCUGCAGAGGAGUGAGGUGAUCCUGGACUACUCCUGGGAGAAACUCAACACAGGGACAUGGCGAGACGUGGACAAAGACUGGCGACAGGUCUAUGCCUUCAGCUGCCUUCUCAAAGCCCUGUGUCUCUGCAAGGCACCUGGGGAUGCUGCCACCAUGGCUACAGCCCUCAGGGUCUGUGACAUGGGCCUACUGAUGGGGGCGACCAUCCUUGGAGACAUCCUCCAUAAGGUGGCUGUCAUCCUCCAGACACACCUUUCCAGAAAAAGGCCUGCCCACAGCUCAACCCAGGAGCAGCCCAGCACAAAGAAAGCAAAGAAUGAUCCUAGUUUGAUUCCAGACCUGACGUUAGAAAGAACAGUCCCCCGGCUUCACUGUCCAUCCCUCCAGCAUUUCAAGAAGCAUUUUUUGGUUCCACAGAGGCCUGUGAUCCUGGAAGGUGUGGCUGACCAUUGGCCCUGCAUGAAGAAGUGGAGCUUGGAGUAUAUCCAAGAGGUUGCUGGCUGCCGAACCGUCCCAGUGGAAGUUGGUUCCCGGUACACAGACGAGGAAUGGUCCCAGACGCUCAUGACCAUCAGUGAGUUCAUCAGCAAGUAUAUCGUGAAUGAGCCAGAGGACGUCGGCUACCUUGCUCAGCACCAGCUCUUCGACCAGAUCCCAGAAUUGAAGGAGGACAUCAGCAUCCCUGAUUACUGCUGCCUGGGCAAUGGGGAAGAAGACGAGAUCACCAUUAAUGCCUGGUUUGGACCCCGAGGAACUGUCUCCCCACUCCAUCAGGAUCCCCAGCAAAACUUCCUCGCCCAGGUGAUUGGGAGGAAGUACAUCCGGCUGUAUUCACCACAGGAGUCAGAGGCUUUGUAUCCUCAUGACACACACCUUCUUCAUAACACGAGCCAGGUUGACGUGGAGAAUCCUGACAUGGAGAAGUUCCCCAAGUUUACCGAUGCCCCGUUCCUGUCCUGCAUCCUGUCCCCUGGAGAGAUCCUGUUUAUCCCAGUCAAAUACUGGCAUUACGUACGGGCUCUGGAUUUGAGUUUCUCAGUCAGCUUUUGGUGGUCAUAGCCAGAAGGGUUGAAGGGAGUGUGAUACAGCCUUUGGAUUCAUUCGGUCCUUGCUCUAUGUCCCGUCUGGCACUGGGUCUUGGUGUCUAUGAGACAAGUACACUUGAACUAGUGCCCUGGAGAAACCUUCCCUGCCCAGCGGGACUGGGCUGCAGCACCAGGCAGGCACAGAGCUGGGAGAGCCCAGGAAGGGGCAUGCCUUGGGCCAGGCUGUGGACAGCCCCCAUGGAGGCUCACAGCAUCAGAAAGCCUAAGAAGCUUAGAAAACAGGCAGCACAUGCAUGGUGAGGCGUGAGCCCUCACUGCUUACCUGUUGUGUGAUGUGGCCAAGAUGCCAGUGUCUCCGUCUGGAAGACAGAGGUCAGGAGGUGGCGCAUGAGCAGUGGCAGAGCCCUGCUGCUGCGGGAACUUCAGCUAUUGCUGCUCAACCUAAUUACUGACUCAUACAUACUUCCUUACCAGGACUGGGCGCCAGAGCCUGCAAACUCUGGAGAGAGGCAUGGCCCUGGCCACAGGGGAGGGUCUUCAUUAGAGAAGGGUAACCUGCAUGCAGAGGUCUCCGGCUUGAUUAAUUUUCCACCAUACACACCCAGCAGCAGAUUUCUGAGUGAAGAAACAGAACCAUCACCAGCACCUAGAAGCCCCCUCCUGUCCCUUCUCCCAUGAGUAACUACCCUCCAGAGGCUCUAGGCUUUCUGUAAGCUUCUUUGUGCACACACUCGUUUGUUUUAUCUGUUUUGGCUGUUAAGACCUUCCCCAACCCCGUGAAUAAAGACAGGCAUAUCCCCAAUUGCAGGCACCAGAGAAGUCCCCUCACCCUCAGGGUGGGAGAACCACAAAUUGGUGGUUACAGUAUUCUCUGGAUUUGGACAACAUUCAUGACACCCAGUGACCAUCAAGUAAAAAAUAAUUCAUUCUAAACCAACCAUGAAAAAAGACACUUAAAAACUAAUAAACUUAAAAAAAAAUGACUAACACUCAAAGAUGAUGUAAAUUGAAACAAAGAUACCUGCCAAAUUAAUCACAAUCUUUGCAACUCUCACACUCCAUCUUACUGUCCUGCUGGUGGGAGAUCAGCCUCACAAUUUAGUAAAAACCCAGAACUUUGAAUAUUCAUACACAUCUCAAGGUCUAAUGGCCCCAAUGCUAGAAACACACCCAAAGGAAAGAGAAAGGUGGGUGAGAAUAUAUAUGCAGGAUGACAUGGUGGCACUGUUUCUUAUCACAAAACAUGGGAGAAUCCCAAAUCUGGUUGGUAAGAAAUGGCCCAUCAGUGUGAAGGAAUAUCACUUAGCUGUGAACACUUGGGAGUUCUUAAAGUCAUGAAUAAAUGUUGUCAUGUUGAGGAAAAUGCACUACAUUCUUAAUUUUUAGACACAUUUAAAUACUACUUGUAUACCUGUGUGCCUGUACACCCAUGACUUUACAUGUGUAUGUAUGUGUGUGUGUGUCCCAAAACAGUACUCCAAAUAAAUUGUGGGUAUGUUUAAGACUA